AUGCAGCAACAGGAUCUGCAACUGGAGUUGGAGUUGGAGUUGGAACUGGAGUUGGAGCCUAGAAAUGGAGCUAGAGCUGAAGCUGGAGCUGAUCCACAGCAAGCUGUACGGGAGCCAGCGAGGAGGUUUAUUGUGCAAACAUUGGGACCACAUGGACGCACCUACGAGUUGCAAGCGCACAAAGCGCCAGCGAUUUAUGUGGCACAUCAAACGGUCAAUGUGCCACCACAACAACAGCAACUUUAUGUGCAACAAGCUGUGCAACAAUUGCAUUCGUCGGCCUUUAAAAAUCCGCUGCUGGUCAACACCAAUUACCCACAAAUGCCAUCAGCUGAUAGCUACUACAAUGCACCGCAGGCUUUGACAGUCGCCACCGCAACUCAUGUGCAGCCAGCGACCCACUAUGGUCCACCUCAGUUGCAGUUGCAACCACAGCAGAAGCAACCACAUAACAGCAAUCCACAGCCUUAUGCCAUUGUCACAUUGCCAACUGGACAACGUGUACAGGAUGCAGGUCAUGGCUCUGGGCCGUCGCCAAUGGCCAGUGGGAAUUUCAAUCAACCACCUCGUUUGGGUGACUAUAGCGCCCAAUCGCAAAGUGCCACAUUGGACACGUACAACUACAAGCAAUCGUUGCCCGGCGAUGCAAGAAGCUAUCAACGCUUUGUAACCAAAUGUCAGCCGAAUGGACAAUGUCAACAGCUAACUCUCAAUCCCGGACAGAUUGAUGGCGAGCAUCAGCAACUGUUGCAAGCGGCACGUGCGCAAACGCAGCCUGCGGCAAGUGGUUGCAAGAAGAAUAGUGUGUAUGUGCCACCAGGUGCACAACAGAAUGAUAAGGGACAACUGCGACCACGUGGCAGACGCACUUAUCCUCAUGUCCAAGAACAGCUGGUCAAGUAUCCCUAUAAUUAA